CGGCCCCGGCACCCCUCCUGCGCUGAGCACACCCAAUCGCCCAGCUCGCAGCUAUCUCAGUCCGCGCUGAGCUCGCGCUCUCGCCCCGGUCUUCCGCGCGUGCCUCUCGCUGAGACUGAGAGCGCACUGGGCAUGUCAUCGCUGACGCCCCUCGGCGGCUCAUUUCGGUCAUUUUCCACGCGGUUCCCGUCGUUGCUGGUGUCCCAUUCCCGAUAUGGUACCCACGCAGCAAGCCUUCUACUGCUCCCUCGCUCUCUCUCCCGCUCUCCAGCAUCUCUGCUCCCUUUCUCUCGCACCCUUUGCUCCUCAGCGCGCCUGCCUUGCACUCGCACCGCUCUUGACACUCGUCGCGGUCUCGCCACCUCUAAUUUAACCCUACGCGCUACGAUGCUCAAAUAUAUCACCGCAGAUGAGCUCGCUGCGAUUAUCAAGAGCGACAAGGUCUCUGGCAAAGACUACUGCGUUAUCGACGUCCGCGACGACGACUAUAUCGGUGGACACAUCAAGGGCGCGCAGAACGCGCCCUCGAAUCAAUUCUAUGUCCAGGUGAACGACCUCGUGCAGAAAACCAAGAACGUGCCCAUCGUUGUUUUCCACUGCGCGCUGUCGCAAGUACGUGGCCCCAAAGCCGCACGAAUCUACGCCGAAGCGAGAGAUCAGCUGGAGGGAGACGGCGAGGACAUUCCUCACCAAGUCCUCGUCCUCCGGGGCGGUUUCACCGACUUCCAGGCGAAGUACAGAAAGGACCCCGAACUCGUCGAGAAUUGGAGUAAAGAGGUCUGGGGUCACCCGGAGUGGCUGUAGUGGUUGGAAGGAACAAGACGGCCUAUGCUUAGAAGUGGAAUACUGGUGGACCUGUAGGAAUAUAAUGGUAACGCGCCCAGCGGUCGUGAUUAAGCUUGGAUUCCUGCGCUACGUCUGCAUUCGCCAGGUAUAGACGGCUCGGGAUGCUAGAUAUAUAGCUUAAGAGUGAGACCGCGGCACGAAAGCGAUUCAUCCCUCGAGGUUGAGGGUCCGUGUGCAACGCAACUAGUGCUGGUAAUGCAUCUCAGGCAGACUUUUGCUCACUGGUAGACGUGCCCUCCUCCGGUUUGACGUACCGCUUCGGCAACGCCUCGAUGACCUGCUGCAGCCGACGUCGCUCCUCCUCCCUAUUGCGCUGGCAUAUCGUCCAUGAGCCAAGGGAAAUCAGCAUGAACGACCCAACAGCCCAAUUUGACGCGACCAGAACGCUGGCGGACAUGCCGCGGAUGACCCCAAUCCCGACGCCACUCGCGAUGCCGCUCAAAAGGCUGUUGCGCGCGCACGGUAUCUCGUUGAUGUGCGAGAGGUCAUCGCGCACGGAGACUCUCUUGAAGGCCUCCUUGAGGUCGCCCCAGUAGCUCCCAGUCGUUUCGACUUGGUGUACGAGGCGCUUCGGUGACGAGGCGGGCGCACCGGACGUAGAUGAGGAUGGGCUCUCAGACGUGCUUGCGUCUGUGGAGGACAUGGUGGAAGCUGG